AUGAUACGCGGGUUGUGGUCAGCGAAGCGCAAGGCGCUACGACAGAUCACAACCGUGGACACGAUGCGCCGUAGUGGACGCGCGUUGUCCUGCGCCGCCGCAGGCCUGUUCUGCAACUUGUUAUACGCGUGUAUCAAGUUAACUGAGAGCGCUGAUUAUGGAGUUCCCAUAGAAAUAAAGCUAUGGGAUACCGGACGCACACCUCUGGCACAUAUGGUGGAUGUUACAAAUGAGUUCGGCCUAAAAGUAUUGGCGGAACAUAAUUUUCUGAACGAGAAUAACAUUGCGUUUUCGCCAUACGGCUUAAUGGGCAUUCUGGUAGCCUUGUACGAAGGAGUCGAUGGUGAGUCUUCAUAUCAACUGCAACGAGCGAUACAGCUUCCGUGGAACCGAAAAAUCAUGAGAGUCGGGUUUCGAGACAUUCACCGAACAUUAAAAACCUAUUUUGUUCCCGAAGAGGGUUUUUUGGCAGGUCUAGCAUUAAAUAAUGAAAACGUUACAUUCAAUGAAAACUUUAAAAAAAUACUGCGUUUUUACGGCUUCGAUUUGGAUAAUGAUCAGCUUCCUGCCCUUCAUAAUCAAACAAAUAAGACUAUGAAUGAAACUACACCAAAAUCCAGCACAGUUGCUACGUCACAAGCAGAUGAGGGUGAUGUGUCUACAGGAACAACAGUUACAACAGAAAAUACACGGGAAGAAACAACACCCGCGACAUCUAGAGAUACUACAGCAAAUCCUAACGCCGAAACAAUUAAUACCAUAGCAACAACGACUGCUAUUCCAUCUUCGGCACCGAAUUUUGAAAGCACUACGGUUGGUAUAAGUACCACAACACUUCAAGAUAUCAUUAAACCACUAAUAUCUUCAACGGAAACUACAACACAAAUCGUGACAACUACUAAUUCUGUGACUACUUCUACGAACCCAACAGAUUCAACGACUAACGAAAACUUAUUGAUCACCACAGCGAAUCCUUCAAGUACGGAUAUUGACGAGGAAACGAUAGCUCAGCAGACGUCCCAAGCGACAGUGGCUUUAACACAAACCGAAAACAAUGAAAUCGAUGGUACGGCGGCGUUGACUUCAAGUACAGUGGAUUUGAACUUUACAGAAAGCACAACUUCUGUAUCUACCACUGAAAUACAGACCGAUAGUGUCACAUUUACAACAUCAACAGACAAACCACUAGUUACUCUCUCUGAUACGGCAACUAGUUCUGAUAUGACUACAGCUGCAAAUGGUUCCUCGUUGGAAACACUUGAAAGGCGAAAGAAAUCCAUUGUUGAUUUUAUUUUCACGAACCCUCCUUACGUCGAUGAUUAUCUAAUGUAUAGGUCUUUUGAUAUACCUGCCGAGCCCCCAAAACCUACGUUCGAUGAGCAAAUGUUUUUGGCUAAUGGAUUAAAAAGCGUCCAGGUUACAUACAUGCAUUACGACACAAUAUUAGAGCACGCAUAUCUGCCUCAUCUAGAGGCUUCAGCUCUUCGGCUCCCAUUAGACAGCGAACGAUAUUAUCUCCUGGUUGUGUUGCCAGCCAGAGGGAGCGCCGCAGAAUUAGGAAGAUUGCUGGCACGUAUGGCUCGUGAAUCUGACUUGUCAGAUAUUUAUGCGGCACUGCGUCCUAGGCGAGUCAAGGGAAUAGUACCUAGUUUUACAGUAAAGGGCCACGUGACCCUCACUACAGACUUACAAAAGCUCGGAAUACGAGAUGUGUUUGAACCCAGACAGAGAGAUUUCACACUAAUGACUCGACAGUCUGGUGUUUACGUUCGAAGUAUUGAACAAGCCGUUUCUGUGGCCAUUCGAAAAUACCGCCCUGACGAUCAGAAAAAAAAUCGAUACGUCACAAAUCACGAGCCGGUUCACUUUUUUGCAACAUACCCGUUCCUAUACUUCGUUAUGGACGCAAGUAUCCAUGUAUCUCUGAUGUCCGGAAAGAUGGUAGAUCCACUCAAUUCUAGAAUAUUAUAAUAUUCUUGUCUAUACAUUAUAAUUUCAUUGAUUUUGUUAUUAAGUAAUUUGCACAAGCCAAGCU